AAAAAAAAAAAGAUGCAAGUAUUAACAAUUUCAAUAUGGCGACCACGGAGUAUCAAAUUCCAAGCCCAGGGCCCUUCUGAAUGGGGUUCACCAUACAACUGCACUGGUUACACCCUCGUGAAGCCAUCCCUGGAGAUGCCAGUGAGCAAAAGAACAAAUGGGCCACUCCUGACCGAUGCAUUCUGUCCCACACAGCCCGUCCUCACAUGACCAGUCAUGAUAGCUGCAGGAUGAAGCAUAUGUGAUGCGCUUUCAUAUUCUUUUUGUUGUUGUUAUUGUUCUGAUCAAACCAUGCUUAAGGGCUCAGGUCUCCCUAAAAGCCAGUCCUUAUAAGGUGGGAAGAGUCAGGAAAGGCUGCCUGGUACAACAGCAAGAAUAUGGCCAGGAGACAACAAACCUUGGCUGUCAUCUUCAACUUUGCAUAUGAUACUGCAGGAACCUCAGUGAGAGCCUACAGUCCUUCCGCCCAUUUGGGAAGAGAUUAAAGAAGCUCAGGUUGGCUCUUUCUUACUCAUUGGCAGUUACAACCUCACCAACACUACAGCCUAAGCUUCCAGAGUGGACACGGAGAAGGGCAUCAGAAAACCAUUCUGGUGAGGUCUACACCCAUAAGUCACCAUGUACAAGGACUGCAUCGAGUCCACUGGAGACUAUUUUCUCCUCUGUGACUCUGAGGGGCCAUGGGGCAUCGUUCUGGAGUCCCUGGCAAUACUUGGCAUCGUGGUCACAAUUCUGCUACUCUUAGCAUUUCUCUUCCUCAUGCGAAAGAUCCAAGACUGCAGCCAGUGGAAUGUCCUCCCCACCCAGCUCCUCUUCCUCUUGAGUGUGCUGGGGCUCUUUGGACUCGCUUUUGCCUUCAUCAUCCAGCUCAAUCAGCAAACUGCCCCCGUACGCUACUUUCUCUUCGGGGUUCUCUUUGCUCUCUGUUUCUCGUGCCUCUUAGCCCAUGCCUCCAACCUAGUGAAGCUGGUUCGGGGUCGCGUCUCCUUCUCCUGGACGACAAUUCUGUGCAUUGCUAUUGGUUGCAGUCUGUUGCAGGUGAUUAUUGCCAUUGAGUAUGUGACUCUCAUCAUGACCAGAGGUAUGAUGUUUGUGCACAUGACACCCUGCCAGCUCAAUGUGGACUUUGUUGUACUCCUGGUCUAUGUCCUCUUCCUGAUGGCCCUCACGUUCUUCGUCUCCAAAGCCACCUUCUGUGGCCCAUGUGAGAACUGGAAGCAGCAUGGAAGACUCAUCUUUAUCACUGUACUCUUCUCCAUCAUCAUCUGGGUGGUGUGGAUCUCCAUGCUCCUGAGAGGCAACCCGCAGUUCCAGCGACAGCCCCAGUGGGACGACCCGGUCGUCUGCAUUGCCCUGGUCACCAACGCAUGGGUUUUCCUGCUGCUGUACAUUGUCCCUGAGCUCUGCAUUCUCUACAGAUCGUGUAGGCAGGAGUGCCCUUCACAAGGCCAUGCCUGCCCCGUCACAGCCUACCAACGCAGCUUUCAAGUGGAGAACCAGGAGCUCUCCAGAGCCCGAGACAGUGAUGGAGCUGAGGAGGAUGUAGCAUUAACUUCAUUUGGUACUCCCAUUCAGCCGCAGACUGUUGAUCCCACACAAGAGUGUUUCAUCCCAUGGGCCAAACUAAGCCCCCAGCAAGAUGCAGGAGUAUAAAUCUACAGGAAACACGAGUAGAGAAAACCCAGCCGACCAUCCUGGGUAGUAUAGCCCUGAUAGGCCACCCGGGCCCACAGAGCCACGCUGCCAAUGAAGAGUCAGAACAUCCCCUCUUCUGUUUCCUAACCCCUCCAUCCACAUGGACCCUCCACCAGAAGACCACCCUUUUGAGCAUAAUUACAAUCUUGCUGGCCACCCUACCUUGACUGUGUCUCUUUCUUCAUUCAUGCAACUGCAAAAUUCCCUUUCUUAGCAACGCUAGAAAGAAUUGGUGCCUCUUAUUCACAGAACUAAAAGACCCUGUCUGGAGAAAUUAAGGGUAUUCUAAUGUGACAAGGAGGUUAGUAGCAGCUUACUACUGGGUUACGUGUCUGGUCAAUUUUUAAAUUGUGCUAAAAAACACAGAACAUAAACUUCACCAUCUCAACCACGUUUAAGUGUACAGUUCAGUAGUGUUAAUCAUAUUCACACUGUUGUGAAUUCUCUAGAGCUUUUUCAUCUUGCAAAACUGAGAUUCUCAUUCCAUCGAACAGCUCCCUCCAGCCCCUGACAGCCACCAUUCUACUUCUGGUUUCUGUGAGUUUGACUACUUAGAUACCUUAUGUCAUAGUAUUCGUCUUUUUGUGACUGGCUUAUCUUUCCUAGCAUAAUGUCCUCAAGGUCCAUGUCACAUGUUGUAACAUGUCACAGGAUCUCCUUUUCUAGGGUUGAACAAUAUUCCAUUGUAUGUCUAUACCACCUUUUCU